UUUGCUGCAGCGAGGACCGGAGUCCCCUGCGCGCAGCCCAGCGGCAGAAGAGGGCUAGGCUGAGAGGGAAGCGAGGACGGCAGGGGAGGGAGGCAGCCCGUCCUCCCCGAGAGCCCGCAGGGAUGCGGCAGGGGCGCGGGGGCAUGGGGAGGUACUGACCCCAGAGCCCCCCAUCAUCCCGGCUUGCGGACCUAGCCCGCGGGCCGGGUUUCCUGCCAAGUGCAGCCAAGAAGCAGAGGUGACUGGAAAGCCAAGAGAAGGGCACGCUUGGGGGUGCCCAUCCCCUGAGUCGGUCCCUCUGCGAACCGAGGUAGAGGAGAGGAGGGAGUCAGCAACGAGGGGUGAGGAGAAGGAAAAAAAAAAAAAACCUGUCUCCAGACUGGCUCCGGAGCGUCGGGGAGACCGGGGCGCCCCGCGCCAUCGUCUUCAAUGCCUGUCUGAAGAGCCUUUAGGAAGAGUGUGAGAGAAAGAGAGAGCGCGCGCCAGGGAGAGGAGAAAAGAAGAUGAGGAUUAUUUGCAGACAGAUUGUCUUGUUAUUUUCUGGAUUUUGGGGACUCGCCAUGGGAGCCUUUCCGAGCAGCGUGCAAAUAGGUGGUCUCUUCAUCCGAAACACAGAUCAGGAAUACACUGCUUUCCGACUAGCAAUUUUUCUUCAUAACACCAGCCCCAAUGCGUCGGAAGCUCCUUUUAAUUUGGUACCUCAUGUGGACAACAUUGAGACAGCCAACAGUUUUGCUGUAACAAAUGCCUUCUGUUCCCAGUAUUCUAGAGGAGUAUUUGCCAUUUUUGGACUCUAUGAUAAGAGGUCAGUACAUACCUUGACCUCAUUCUGCAGCGCCUUACAUAUCUCCCUCAUCACACCAAGUUUCCCUACUGAGGGGGAGAGCCAGUUUGUGCUGCAACUAAGGCCUUCGCUACGAGGAGCUCUGUUGAGUCUGCUAGAUCACUAUGAAUGGAACUGUUUCGUCUUCCUGUACGACACAGACAGAGGAUAUUCGAUACUCCAAGCUAUUAUGGAAAAAGCAGGACAAAAUGGUUGGCAUGUCAGCGCUAUAUGUGUGGAAAAUUUUAAUGAUGUCAGCUAUAGGCAACUUCUAGAAGAACUUGAUAGAAGACAAGAGAAGAAAUUUGUGAUAGACUGUGAAAUAGAGAGACUUCAAAACAUAUUAGAACAGAUUGUAAGUGUUGGAAAGCAUGUUAAAGGUUACCAUUAUAUCAUUGCGAACUUGGGAUUCAAGGAUAUUUCUCUUGAGAGGUUUAUACAUGGUGGAGCCAAUGUCACAGGAUUCCAGUUGGUAGAUUUUAAUACGCCUAUGGUGACCAAACUAAUGGAUCGCUGGAAAAAACUAGAUCAACGAGAGUAUCCAGGAUCUGAGACUCCUCCAAAGUACACCUCUGCUCUAACUUAUGAUGGAGUCCUUGUGAUGGCCGAAACUUUCCGAAAUCUUAGAAGGCAGAAAAUUGAUAUCUCGAGGAGAGGAAAUGCUGGGGAUUGUCUGGCAAAUCCUGCUGCUCCAUGGGGCCAGGGAAUUGACAUGGAAAGGACACUCAAACAGGUUCGAAUCCAAGGGCUGACAGGGAAUGUUCAGUUUGACCACUACGGACGUAGAGUCAAUUACACAAUGGAUGUGUUUGAGCUAAAGAGCACAGGACCGAGAAAGGUUGGUUACUGGAAUGAUAUGGAUAAAUUAGUCUUGAUUCAAGAUGUACCCACUCUUGGCAAUGACACAGCAGCUAUUGAGAACAGAACAGUGGUUGUAACCACAAUUAUGGAAUCCCCAUAUGUUAUGUACAAGAAAAAUCACGAAAUGUUUGAAGGAAAUGACAAGUAUGAAGGAUACUGUGUAGAUUUGGCAUCUGAAAUUGCAAAACACAUUGGUAUCAAGUAUAAAAUUGCCAUUGUCCCUGAUGGAAAAUAUGGAGCAAGGGAUGCAGACACAAAAAUCUGGAAUGGGAUGGUAGGAGAACUUGUUUAUGGGAAAGCAGAGAUUGCUAUUGCCCCUCUGACAAUCACUUUGGUACGAGAGGAGGUCAUUGACUUCUCUAAGCCCUUCAUGAGUUUGGGCAUAUCUAUCAUGAUCAAAAAGCCUCAGAAAUCUAAACCAGGAGUGUUUUCCUUCUUGGAUCCUCUGGCCUAUGAGAUUUGGAUGUGCAUAGUCUUUGCCUACAUUGGUGUCAGCGUGGUCUUAUUCCUAGUUAGUAGGUUUAGUCCGUACGAGUGGCACACAGAAGAGCCGGAGGAUGGAAAGGAAGGACCCAGCGACCAGCCUCCCAAUGAGUUUGGCAUCUUUAACAGCCUCUGGUUUUCCCUGGGUGCUUUUAUGCAGCAAGGAUGUGACAUUUCACCCAGAUCCCUCUCAGGUCGAAUUGUUGGAGGUGUGUGGUGGUUCUUCACACUCAUCAUUAUAUCAUCCUAUACUGCUAACCUCGCUGCUUUCCUGACGGUUGAGCGAAUGGUCUCCCCAAUAGAGAGUGCGGAAGACCUGGCCAAACAAACAGAAAUUGCCUAUGGAACAUUGGAUUCAGGGUCAACAAAAGAAUUCUUCAGAAGAUCAAAAAUAGCAGUGUAUGAAAAGAUGUGGACCUACAUGCGAUCAGCAGAGCCAUCAGUGUUCACUAGGACUACAGCUGAGGGAGUAGCCCGUGUCCGCAAAUCCAAGGGCAAAUUUGCCUUUCUCCUGGAGUCCACUAUGAAUGAAUACAUUGAGCAGCGAAAGCCAUGUGACACGAUGAAAGUGGGAGGAAAUCUGGAUUCAAAAGGCUAUGGAGUAGCAACGCCCAAGGGUUCCUCAUUAAGAAAUGCUGUUAACCUCGCAGUUUUAAAACUGAAUGAACAAGGCCUCUUGGACAAAUUGAAAAACAAAUGGUGGUACGACAAAGGAGAAUGUGGCAGCGGGGGAGGUGACUCCAAGGACAAGACGAGUGCCUUGAGCCUGAGCAACGUAGCAGGCGUCUUCUACAUUCUGGUUGGCGGCUUGGGCUUGGCAAUGCUGGUGGCUUUGAUAGAGUUCUGUUACAAGUCCAGGGCAGAAGCGAAGAGAAUGAAGGUGGCAAAGAGUGCACAGACUUUUAACCCAACUUCCUCGCAGAAUACCCAGAAUUUAGCAACCUAUAGAGAAGGUUACAACGUAUAUGGAACCGAAAGUAUUAAAAUUUAGGGCUGACCUUUUCUGAAGCCAUAAGAAACAAAGCCAGGUUAUCCAUCACCGGGAGCGUGGGAGAAAACGGCCGCGUCCUGACGCCCGACUGCCCCAAGGCUGUGCACGCUGGAACUGCAAUCAGACAAAGUUCAGGAUUGGCUGUCAUUGCAUCGGACCUACCAUAAAAACCAAAAAAAUAAUUGAGUGCCUUAAUUAAACUGCGUUGGUGACUGACGGGAGCGCAGCCCCGAGGGGACAGGCCCGGCGCGGGGCUGGCGGCCCCACCCUUUGGCUGAGAGCGGGAGGCGCGUCCGGACGGCGGCGGCGGCGGCGGCGACUGUGUGCAUGAGCUCAGCUCGGAAACCCAAACUCAGAUUUUCUAUCAGGAAAACUCACAAUUUAGGUGUUUUUUUUUUUUUUUUUGGGAGUGGGUGGGUGGGUGGGUGGGGGAGCUGGGAUGGGUGUAUUAACAGCAACAGAUUUCACUCGAGUGGACUUAAAAAACUAAUCAGACUUGCGAGUUAGCGCAUCCAACUGUGAAGUUUCUUCUUGCUCAAGAAAGGCCUUCGUCUUCACCCGGAAAGGAUAAACUAGUUCUAGAAAAGUCGGUGAACAUGCUAACCUGUGUCUCCAGGACACCCAUAUAGUCAACGGAAGAAUACCCAGCUGAGAAAACAAAUCACUCAACUGUGAUAAGAAAAUAAUAAACAAACAUGUAAAUCCUGUGAAAAGAAAAAAACAAAAAAUUUAAAGGAAGUAUUUACACUUACUUUGGAGAAAACAAAUACUGAAACAUGCUUGCUUUUUAACUGACGUAAAUUCAGUAGAGGACAACACGAUUCUUUUUUCUAACCAUCUUAGGGAACAAUACAUUGCAAUAAUUGAUAUAAAAUGCCAUCACUGUAAUAAACUUUAGAGACUUUUUUUUAUAAAAGGUGUUGGUCAUCUUCUUGUUUGCUGUAACCUUCACUCUGUCACAUGAGUCGGUUCACAGAUUGCAUUUGUCUCACUACCAGGAAGAGAAACAAAAGGAAGGAAACAUUAAUGUUAAAUCACCAGUCUGCAAUGUAGACUCAAAAGAGACUAUGGGUCGCUCAUGUUAUCGAUAUUAUUUAUAAUCUUGUUCCGUGUACAAAAUUGUGGCUUUUGUACCCACCAAAAAAGAAUAAAACAACAAAUGUUCUUACA